ACUCGGGGCUGGCCAGCGGCGGGCGGCCGGGGCGCGGAGAAGGGCCUGGCUGGGCGAGCGCACGGCCAUGGCCCCGUGGCUGCAGCUCUGCUCCGUCUUCUUUACGGUCAACGCCUGCCUCAACGGCUCGCAGCUGGCUGUGGCAGCUGGCGGGUCCGGCCGCGCGCGGGGCGCCGACACCUGUGGCUGGAGGGUAAGGCGAGGGCGGCGGUUUUCUUGCCGUCGCCAACUCGCGGGGGACGCAGCGCGCACAGGUGCUCGCGGGGAGGCGAGCCCGCGCCAACCUGUCUGCUCUUCGCGGGGUCCGCGUCCGACCCGGGUCCCACUCCUCCCGCGCAUCCUCCUGGUUUCCCUCCCCGGGCGCGUGUCCUCCGGCCCUGGCCGAGAUGAAAGCGGCUGCCCGACCCCGGCUUUGUGUUGCUAAUGAGGGAGUGGGGCCGGCCAGCAGAAACAGUGGGCUGUACAACAUCACCUUCAAAUAUGACAAUUGUACCACCUACUUGAAUCCAGUGGGGAAGCACGUGAUUGCUGACGCCCAGAAUAUCACCAUCAGCCAGUAUGCUUGCCAUGACCAAGUGGCAGUCACCAUUCUUUGGUCCCCAGGGGCCCUCGGCAUCGAAUUCCUGAAAGGAUUUCGGGUAAUACUGGAGGAGCUGAAGUCAGAGGGAAGACAGUGCCAACAACUGAUUCUAAAGGAUCCGAAGCAGCUCAACAGUAGUUUCAAAAGAACUGGAAUAGAAUCUCAACCUUUCCUGAAUAUGAAAUUUGAGACGGAUUAUUUCGUAAAGGUUGUCCCCUUUCCUUCCAUUAAAAACGAAAGCAAUUACCACCCUUUCUUCUUUAGAACCCGAGCAUGUGACCUGUUGUUACAGCCGGACAACCUGGCUUGUAAACCCUUCUGGAAGCCUCGGAACCUGAACAUCAGCCAGCAUGGCUCGGACAUGCAGGUGUCCUUCGACCAUGCACCGCACAACUUCGGCUUCCGUUUCUUCUAUCUUCACUACAAGCUCAAGCACGAAGGACCUUUCAAGCGAAAGACCUGUAAGCAGGAGCAAAAUACAGAGACGACCAGCUGCCUCCUUCAAAAUGUUUCUCCAGGGGAUUAUAUAAUUGAGCUGGUGGAUGACACUAACACAACAAGAAAAGUGAUGCAUUAUGCCUUAAAGCCAGUGCACUCCCCGUGGGCCGGGCCCAUCAGAGCCGUGGCCAUCACAGUGCCACUGGUGGUCAUAUCGGCAUUCACGACGCUCUUCACUGUGAUGUGCCGCAAGAAGCAACAAGAAAAUAUAUAUUCACAUUUAGAUGAAGAGAGCUCUGAGUCUUCCACAUACACUGCAGCACUCCCGAGAGAGGGGCUCCGGCCGCGGCCGAAGGUCUUUCUCUGCUAUUCCAGUAAAGAUGGCCAGAAUCACAUGAAUGUCGUCCAGUGUUUCGCCUACUUCCUCCAGGACUUCUGUGGCUGUGAGGUGGCUCUGGACCUGUGGGAAGACUUCAGCCUCUGCAGAGAAGGGCAGAGAGAAUGGGUCAUCCAGAAGAUCCACGAGUCCCAGUUCAUCAUUGUGGUUUGUUCCAAAGGUAUGAAGUACUUUGUGGAUAAGAAGAACUACAAACACAAAGGAGGUGGCCGAGGCUCGGGGAAAGGAGAGCUCUUCCUGGUGGCAGUGUCAGCCAUUGCCGAAAAGCUCCGCCAGGCCAAGCAGAGUUCGUCCGCGGCGCUCAGCAAGUUCAUCGCCGUCUACUUUGAUUAUUCCUGCGAGGGAGACGUCCCCGGUAUCCUAGACCUGAGUACCAAGUACAAACUCAUGGACAAUCUUCCCCAGCUCUGUUCCCACUUGCACUCCCGAGACCACGGCCUCCAGGAGCCGGGGCAGCACACGCGACAGGGCAGCAGAAGGAACUACUUCCGGAGCAAGUCAGGCCGGUCCCUAUACGUCGCCAUUUGUAACAUGCACCAGUUUAUUGACGAGGAGCCCGACUGGUUCGAAAAGCAGUUCGUUCCCUUCCAUCCUCCUCCACUGCGCUACCGGGAGCCAGUCUUGGAGAAAUUUGAUUCGGGCUUAGUUUUAAAUGAUGUCAUGUGCAAACCAGGGCCCGAGAGUGACUUCUGCCUAAAGGUAGAGGCGGCCGUUCUUGGGGCAACCGGACCAGCCGACUCCCAGCAUGAGAGUCAGCACGGGGGCCUGGACCAGGACGCGGAGGCCCGGCCUGCCCUUGACAGUAGCGCCGCCCUGCAACCCCUGCUGCACACGGUGAAAGUCGGCAGCCCCUCGGACAUGCCGCGGGACUCAGGCAUCUACGACUCGUCUGUGCCCUCAUCCGAGCUGUCUCUGCCACUGAUGGAAGGACUCUCGACGGACCAGACAGAAACGUCUUCCCUCACGGAGAGCGUGUCCUCCUCUUCAGGCCUGGGUGAGGAGGAACCUCCUGCCCUUCCUUCCAAGCUCGUCUCUUCUGGGUCGUGCAAAGCAGAUCUUGGUUGCCGCAGCUACACUGAUGAACUCCACGCGGUCGCCCCUUUGUAACAAAACGAAAGAGUCUAAGCAUUGCCACUUUAGCUGCUGCCUCCCUCUGAUUCCCCAGCUCAUCUCCCUGGUUGCGUGGCCCACUUGGAGCUGAGGUCUCAUACAAGGAUAUUUGGAGUGAAAUGCUGGCCAGUACUUGUUCUCCCUUGCCCCAACCCUUUACCGGAUAUCUUGACAAACUCUCCAAUUUUCUAAAAUGAUAUGGAGCUCUGAAGGGCAUGUCCAUAAGGUCUGACAACAGCUUGCCAAAUUUGGUUAGUCCUUGGAUCAGAGCCUGUUGUGGGAGGUAGGGAGGAAAUAUGUAAAGAAAAACAGGAAGAUACCUGCACUGAUCAUUCAGACUUCAUUGAGCUCUACAAACUUUGCCUGUUUGCUAUUGGCUACCUUGAUUUGAAAUGCUUUGUGAAAAAAGGCACUUUUAACAUCAUAGCCACAGAAAUCAAGUGCCAGUCUAUCUGGAAUCCAUGUUGUAUUGCAGAUAAUGUUCUCAUUUAGUUUUGAUGUAGAAUUUACAUUGCCAUGGGUGUCAAAUAAGCUUUGAGUCAAAAGUCAACAAAGUGACUGAAUAUACAGUCACCUUUUAUGAAAUGAGUCUCUGUGUUACUGGGUAGCAUGACUGAUUGAGGUGAAGCUCACAGGGCCAGGCUGACCAUCUUGACCAUUCUGCUUGAGAUAGGUUGGUCAAUGUGCAGAAGGCCCCAGGACCUCAGCACACACAGCCUCCUCUUGGUCUGAGUAGGCAUCAUGUGGGGGCCAGAUCUGCCUGCUAUUUCCAUGGGUUACAUUUACUGUGCUGUAUCUCAGAUGUUGGUGUCUGGAAGUUUAUUCUUAAGAGACUGCUAGCCAGCUGUAUUAUUGGAAGUUGCAGUUCGUCCUUUGGUUGGCCUUCUGGUCUAAAGCUGUGUCCUGAAUAUUAGGGAUCAGAAUACACUGAAAUACAGCAGCGUGUGGAGGUGAUGGCCAGUUAAUCUGCUGAACUGGUUUUGACUAAUGACAAACCUUUUUAAGAUGGUAGAAUGGAGGUGAUAGUCACAAAAGUAAAUGUUCCAUUUUUAUGAAUGACUUUCUACAGAGUUUCUAUUUCUAAAGAAAAAACAAUUGUUCACAUCCCAUCUGAUGAUUAGCAUGUGUGUAAUGAAUGCUGUCUUGGUCUUCCCUGUGGAAAUCCUUGUCCCCGUGCCUUAGAGCAGGUGUGGACAUCUCUCACUACCUUUCUCAUGGGUGCUGUUAGAUUUUGGCACCCCGUUUUCUCAGCAUUCAGCCCAGGGAAUGUGGUUUUCACUCCUUCGUCAGAUAAGAGCAACAUGAAGGGGUAUGUUGAGAAACAUCCUGAGGCAGAGUGGGAGGUGGGAUGGGGCAGGACUUUCCCUUCCAAGCACAUGCACGGCAGGUGGGGAAAGGGGGGCUUGCACCCUUGCUGGAAAGAAAAGGUUUGUGUAUAUUUCUGAUGCAAAUGUCAUACUCACUGCUCUGUAAAGGCAGCUGGCAGCUUUUUGGGAGAAGAACGUGCUCGUCUGUUCUCUGGCAUCAAGUUUCUUGCAGCUGCUCUGAGGGAGAGACAGUGAGCUGCAAGACUGCCUCCCCAUAAAAACAGGCAACUCAGAGAAGAGUCAUUUCAUGUUGUUCCUGUGGAAUCUGGAAUGAGUGCAGAGCUCCUACCCACACAUGACUGCCCUGCCAUUUCAUCCUAGGCAUUCUGUGAAGGAGAUUGGUUAGUCCAAACUUGCUAACAUACGAAAAUUCACUUGGAACAUGAUGAGAGAUUUCUUAUUGAGGCCAAGAGAUGUUUCCUGUCCCAGAGGAACCAUUAGGAGUCGCUUUUAGGGUAUUCAGCUUUGCUCAUGAAAUAAGGCAUCUCUGAGAAAGUGGCCCCAGGGAGAGAAUGGAGGACUGGGAGGAGAAGCAUUAACUGGGCUCCAAGGGUGUGUGGGCAGAGAGCUUGCUAUGUGAACUCACUCCUUAAGAAAAUGGAAGAGAAAAAGAGAGUGCUAGUUAAAAAAUCGGGAUGUUUUAGUUUGGAUUUAGGGUUUUGAUACUUAAUGUUGAAAUACUAAUGUUUCUGAUCAACAAAAUCAAACUCUUAAUAUACUGAGUAAUGAAACGACAGUGUGAUUGCCUCAGAAUAAAUUGAGAAGUCCAACUUCCUAGUUUUGUUUAAUUAGUUUCACUUUUUCUACUCUCCCCAGUAUGCUAGAAAUGGGAAUCGUUCCCCUGCAGAUUACGGCAAAACAUCUGUUUUAAGCAAAGCUGCAUUUUUUGACUCAGAAAUUGUCCCAGACGGUAGAUAUAAGAUGAAAUUCAGAAAAACGUUCUGCCAAGUCACAGGCUUUUAGAUAUUGCGGAAACAAGAAAUGGAAAAUAGGGAUGAUCUCCAUGAGAGGCCUUGAUCCUGAGAGUAAAAGGCUUGUGUAGAUAGGUUAGACAAUGUCCUCUAGAAAAGAGACCAGGGACAAGUCCAGGGUUCAGGAAAACCAAGAAGCCUGCGGGUAGCUGAAGGUAGAGUGCUAGUUGUUCAUCUUAACUUACCAAUGAGCUACAGAAAGGUCUUAGCGUCUGAUGUCGUCAGCUUUGCCAGGAGAGUGAUCAAGGAGGUUAAAGCUCAGGUAAAGGUGUGCCUUCUCAGAGAUUGGCUACAAGCAACAGAGACCACCUCAACAGAGACCACCUCAACAGACUCAGCCUAGCCAUACAGGGUGCAGAAGCUCCUCCAGAGGGCUGUCUUGGGCCUUUGAGGCAAUUGAUCUCCAGAAAGAAUCAGAAGUCAUUCCAGUCCAGGCCCAGGUAUUCAAAUGGUGACCCAGCCAGAUAAUAGUAUCUUGAGCCAGAAAUGAGAUCAGGCCAUAAAGUUAGGAGACAGAGUUCUUGAUUGAUACGUUAGCAAUAACUGAAGACAGUCUCAGAUCAGAAGUUCAAUAAAAUGUCUUUAGCAGUGGCGACAUCAUUGGAAUCAGUGUGUAGUAAGUCAUGGAUAUUUAAGUUCAUAUAUGUUUGUCAGAGUUCAGUCUUACAACUUCAUAGCCACAAGUAUCUUUUUUAAAAUACCAACUGUUAGUCUCAGGUCUCCUGACUUAAGUGCAAAUAAACAGGAAGACUGUCCUUCAAAAAAUGUGGGGUUACAUGAUUUUCAGAGCCUUUUUUUCAGAGUUGAGCAUCUUUUCUUUUAAAAGAUAAGGGGCGAGAGGACCAAUUUUAUUCCUUGAGGAAAAAUGACACACCCUUCUCCCAAAAGAAAGAAAACUCUCUGGCCCCCCAACUUCAACACUAAUUUGGCUCCCUGAAGAAGACAGAAAAUAUUCUUUCUGUCUUUAUUGAAGAGAAAUGGGCAAUGCCAAUGUGAAGGUUACUAGUCUUUUUUAUUUUCUAUUGGUGAAGACUACUACUGCUCUUAUUUAGCAGAUCUUAUACCUUCAGUGGUCACCAGUAUAGCACGUGAGGUAUAAGGAAAACAGUGGUGUGAUGAUAAAUGGUAAUUCAUAUACUUUGUCCGUGUCAGAGAGCAAUAGGGAAUGGUGGGGACUGUGGUAAACUGAAGCGCCCCUGUUCCACCUACAGGGUGUAAUUUUCCAGUCGACUGUGGCCAUGAAGUAUUCCCUGAUCUUCCCAUUUUUCAAGAAAAGCUGACAAUCUGGAUUUUUAUAUGAAAAAUCUGAUUUUAAAAAAUAUUGGCAACUAAGUUAAAAUUCAAGUGAAUUUAGACCCAGCAGAAGACAUGGAUGGACCUGAUUUGGUCCACUGACUACCAGUUUGUUAACCUCUGCUUUAUAAGAUUUGAAGGAAAGGCAUUCAUGGUAAUUACAGAUGGUGCCACCAGAAAAUGCUCUUGCUAAAUGCAGCCAGUAGUUAGAUUGCUUCUUUCUCCAGUCUCCCCCGCAAAGAAAUCUGACGUGAUUCUGAAUGCAUUGGACAUGUCUUGACUGUGUCUUUACAUUUCAUGGUGUCUUAAAAGAAAGGCAAGCUAGUUGUUAAUUUCAGAAUCAGAUUUAUGCUCUCUCAAUUUAGAAAAUGCUGGGAACAAUUUCAUUUUUUUUUUUUUUUUUUUUUUUUUUUUUUAAGAUGGAGUCUUGCUCUGUCGCCCAGGCUGGAGUGCCGUGGCGCGAUCUCGGCCCACUGCAAGCUCCGCCUCCCGGGUUCACGCCAUUCUCCUGCCUCAGCCUCCUGAGUAGCUGGGACUACAGGCGCCCGCCACCACGCCUGGCUAAUUUUUUUGUAUUUUUAGUAGAGACAGGGUUUCACUGUGUUAGCCAGGAUGGUCUCGAUCUCCUGACCUCGUGAUCCGCCCGCCUCGGCCUCCCAAAGUGCUGGGAUUACAGGCGUGAGCCACUGCGCCCGGCCUAACAAUUUCAUUUAAACUCCACAACCUAAAGGGCUUUGUUUAUAAUUUUAGCUCUUGGCAGAAUAAUUUUUUUUAGGUGGUGUGCAGUUCUGAUCAUAGGCCAAGACAUGAUUAGGAAAGCAGGCAUUUGUAGAGGGUAAGACAAGGAACUUCCUAGCGCCCAUUAGAGCCAGGUAUUUGCAUUAUCUUCUGUUUUAAGUGGUCUGUGAAUUGACUGUGUUUUGGAGGUGUGAAACAGCAUACAGAGAAAAGCUUUUCCUGAUAUUGAGAUAUCAGUUAGGAGUCCAAAUGGGGUGUUGGGUCAUCCUUGCCAUAUCACCUCCUUUCCAGGCUCAGGGUGAAAAUAGACAAAAGAAAUCUGACUGCAAGCCAGUGGCUUUGAUUCCAGUUUCAGAGUUUAGGGACUAGGAGAAAGUUUAGAUUAUCUAGCAUAUUCUCCCCCUGGUGUCAGACAGGGCUGUGCCUGAAUUAUUCCAGACAUAUGGCUGUAGAUGGUAUUCUUUAUUUUACAAGAAGGAGAUUGUGUAAUCGACCCUGCUGAUCAGAUAGUUCUUUGUAUGUCUUAGAGAAAUUCAAGCCGGCUUCCUUUUGUUCGGCUUGUAGUGGAGAAAGAACAGCUGGUCACCUUCCAUGUAUUUGAAAACCACAGUGAAGUCAUCCCCCUGGUGUUUUUAUUUCAGUGAUAAAUAAUUCCACCCACUUAAACCAUUCUUCAUGGCUCUUGUUUUCUAGGGGCCUAAUAAUUUUCACUGCUGUAAUGCUUCUCAGCUUCACACUUAGUUUAGUUGCCCAAACAAUGUUUGUGCCUUACUCACAUUGGUGCCUUGUGAAGACCAGGCUCAGGAUGGGGAUUAUGGGGAAAUUCUUGCACACCCAGCUCCUCUUACCACUUAAAAAUAUAGCACUUUUACAAAAUGAUAUGUCGCCUAUAUUCAUUGAGAAUUAUUUGUUUGACUACCACAUUUUUUCCCCUGAUGAUAGUCACCUAUCAUAACUUGUGUUUGUUUUCCUCCUGAGAUCAAACACUUGGUGCUUAUUCCUGAUGUAUACUCUGUUGAGACCAGCUCUUACCUUCUGAGUGGCAGCUACCCCUCCCUCCCAAUUUUAGAUCCUAUUUUUACACAUCUCUAUAGCUAUCACCUUUAUUUCAUGACCCACAGUAUUAAAUGGUACAGACUUCGGUUUAACCACUGGUAAGGUAACAGCAGUAGUUGCUAAGUACCACCUUCCCAUUGCUGUUUGAGGGCUAAUUUGCAAAUGCAUUUGAAUCUCCCAGUGGAGAUGUCUGGGGAAUUUUGGCCAGUUGUCUUCCCUCUUGCCCUUUUGUUCUUUAAAAUUCAGCUUGGACCACAGACACCUCCAGGAUCUUGUUUAUGUUCUGCUCUCAAUUGACCAAGCACUGCAUUUUGCACAAUCAGAAGUCUCACAAAAGCAAACAGUUAUGACUGCAUAUCUGAUGUUUAUAUCCUAUAAAAUUUCAGGAAGAUUCAGAGGCAAUCUUCUAUUUGUACGUGAUGUAGACAAAAUUAGCUGCUCCAAUUGUUAGACAAAAAAUUGCCAUUGGAUUACACUAAUGUGCUCAUCUGUUGUUUUAAAAGUUUGGUAUCAGGCAGGGCACGGUGGCUCACACCUGUAAUCCCAGCAUUUUGGGAGGCCAAGGUGGGCGGAUCACCUGAAGUCCAGAGUUCAAGACCAGCCUGACCAACAUGGUGAAACCCCGUCUCUACUAAAAAUGCAAAAUUAAUCAGGCGUGGUUGUGUGCCCCUAUAAUCCCAGCUACUCGAGAGGCUGAGGCAGGAGAAUCGCUUGAAUCCAGGAGGCACAGGUUGCAAUGAGCCGAGAUCACGCCAUUGCACUCUAGCCUGGGCAACAAGAGUGAAACUCCGUCUCAACAACAACAACAAAAAGUUUGGUAUGUUUCUCUCAAGAAAAAAGCAUGUUGAGUCCAGACAGCAGCAAAAGCUUUUGUGAAAACCAAUUGUUGUUCAUCUAGAUAGUAAGUAACUCCUAUUUUUACUGUUAAUUUUUUAAAAGAGAAUUUUUCCCUGUGGAAACUCCCUGUUAGUAUGUCCUAGGGGAGAAAGCCUGUGGAAUACAGUGGUUAUUGAUGGUGUUGCCUUUGUUUCAUCUUUGAGUUUGCCCUUUGUGGGAUCUAGUGGGAUAAUGAGCACUGACACAACCUUUAACAGCGUGCUGUAUUUUUGACAUUGAAAAUGUUAAUGACUUGAUUUGUACAUAACUCUGUAAAUAGGUGAAAAUAGAUCACAGCUGACAUUUACAAAAUGUUUUUGUACCUUAGAAUUUCUGCAUUAAAUAAAACGUUUUGUUUUA